GAGCCCAACGCGUUCGAACCGAGCUCCGAAGCUUAUGUGUCAGCUAACAACUACUGCAAAGAGGAGAUGGGCGACUUUAUUCGUUUUUCAGAAGGUGGAGGUGCGAAAAAUCUGACAAAACCAAGACGACUGACUCGCCACACAGCAGACCAAGCAUCAUUUGAAGAUGCUCGUCAUGUCAGGAAAUCAUCUACUUCAGCUUCAGUAGGAGAGGAGGAUGACGAGGGCCCUCCCCCUAAACCAGCUCGCAGGCAGGGUGGCUGGGCAGAAGAAAGCUCAGGCUCUACCAAAUCUUCAAGAAGACCAGCAGCUGAGGAUGAAGACCGCCGCCUGCGACCACAAACUCCUGAGGGAUCAGAUGAUGAUGGAGAUAUUCCAGUGAUUCCUGACCUUGAGGAUGACUUCACCAUGCAGGUUGCAGCUCCACCAAGUGUUCAGGUGAACCGGGUGAUGACCUACAGGGAUCUGGACAAUGAUCUGAAGUAUUACUCUGCCUUCCAGACUUUAGAUGGAGAGAUUGACUUGAAGCUCCUCACCAAGGUUUUAGCACCAGAGCAGGAGGUGAGGGAGGAUGACGUGGGCUGGGAUUGGGAUCAUCUGUUUACAGAAGUGUCCUCGGAGCGUCUGAUGGAAUGGGAACAAGGAGAGAGCGAGGACCAGGCCACAGCGCCUGAAACAUGAGGAGAUGUGAGCCGAGACUUUUAAAUGACUCCAGUGGGAUGUAGGUGAAUGUCCGUGACACAGACGGGCCACUGACUCUGGUUACGUGAGCUUUAAUUACCAUUUGUUAUCUAGGAUGUAAAUGUUUUUGUAUAUUCUGUCUUUUCCUUUUUGUUUGCUGUUUUCUUUUAAACUACCAGCCAAAAGACAAAGUGAAACCAUUUGAAAAGCCCCUCUGAAACGAGCUCCCAGAUAAAUAUGCCCUCUCUGCGCUGCCAGCAUUAUCAGCAGCCUCAUACAAGUCCAAGGUUGAUAAUCAGCUAAGCUGAAAUCCAGUUGAUUGUGUUCAAAUUAACAUUCCUCAUUAAAGCCAACAACCUUAUUGUUA